GUGCCGGGCUGUCGUCCAGCUGGCAGCUCGCCCUCUCCAUCUUCGGAAGCUUCCAGGAGCGUGGCCUGCGCACCGAUGCAGUCAGCUACAGUGCUGCAGGCCGUGGGAUGCUGGGACGGUGGCGAUGGGCGCUACAGCUGCUGGGUUGUAUGAGAGUGGAGCUCCUCGAGGUAGACAUUAUUUGCCAUGGUACUGUCAUGAGCAUCUGUGAGAAAGCCGCUCCAUGGCAUCGUGCUCUCCUGCUCUUCGACACAUCGUCGAGCUUAGCGAUGUCUACGGAUGCAGUCAGCUACAGCAGCGCCAUCAGCGCAUGUGCCAGGAGCAGUCAUGUCGCAGAGGCCCUGGCGGUCCUCGAGUCCAUGGAAGACGUCUUGCUGAGUCCAGAUCUGGUCUGCUACUGCGGAGCUAUGGCCGCCUGUGAGCGAGCGGGGGACUGGGAAAUGGCGCUGGCGGUUCUCUCUGGUAUGUUGGUGGCUCGGGUGACGCCAGACACCAUCAGCUACAGCAGUCUCAUUAGCGCCUGCGAGAAAGCAGCAAGCUGGCAGCUGGCGGUUCAUUUCCUGGUCAUCAUGUACUCUGUGAACGUCGCAGCGAAUGUGGUAACUUUCAACGCUGCCAUCAGCGCAUGUGAGCAGCGUGGUCGAUGGCCGGUUGCUCUGGCACUUCUGGGCACCCUCAAAGAUUGCAAGCUGCAGCCAGACAUGGUGAGCUAUAACAGCGCCUUGAGUAGCUGCGAAAAAGCUUCCCACUGGCAGCCAGCCCUGCAGCUGUUCACGGACCUGUCUCCGGGAAGUUUGCGGCCCAACGCCAUCACGUUCGGUGCAGCCUUGGGCGCGUGCAGGGGCGCCUGGAGAGAGGCCGGCUGGCUCCUGGCCGCAAUGCCUGCAGAGCGCGUUGUAGCAAACGCAGUUUGCUUGGGCGAAGCUGCGGAAGCCUUUGAGCGAGGUGGUCUGUCGCAGCUGCUGGCUGGGGUUCUCGGCGCGCUGUCUGAUCCCGGCAUCGCCAGUGCUCUCAGGGGCGAGCAGCCGUUUUAA